UGACUCACUCGUCUUCUCUCUGCUGAGCGAGGACGGUCGUCUGGGCUCCCCCCAUCCCGGAAAGCGGACUCCCUUCUACCAGGAAACCAUGGCCGAGCAAGAGAGUCUGGAGUUUGGAAAAGCUGACUUUGUUCUCUUGGACCAGGUGACCAUGGAAGACUUCCUGGACAACCUGAAGCUCAGGUUCGAGAAAGGACGCAUCUACACCUACAUCGGCGAAGUGGUGGUCUCCGUGAAUCCGUACAAACCCCUCUCGCUCUACGGGAAGGAGAUGAUCGAACAUUACCGGGGCCGGGAACUCUACGAGAGGCCACCUCACCUUUACGCGGUGGCCGACGCGGCCUACAAAGCCAUGAAGAGGCGGGCCAUGGACACCUGCAUUGUCAUCUCCGGAGAAAGCGGGGCCGGGAAAACGGAAGCCAGCAAGUAUAUCAUGCAGUACAUCGCCGCCAUCACCAAUCCCAGCCAGCGGGCCGAAGUGGAAAGGGUCAAAAACGUCCUGCUCAAGUCCAACGGCGUGCUGGAGGCCUUCGGCAACGCAAAGACGAACCGCAAUGACAACUCCAGCCGCUUCGGCAAAUACAUGGACAUCAAUUUUGACUUCAAGGGGGAUCCCACCGGAGGACACAUCAGCAACUACUUGUUGGAAAAGUCGCGGGUCCUCAAACAGCAACCUGGGGAGAGAAACUUCCACGUCUUCUAUCAGUUGCUUCUUGGUGCCUCGGACACUAAGCUGAAAUCUCUCCACCUGGUUGGAGACCCAACGGCCUACAGGUUUACCAAGGAGGGUGGUAGUAAUAACAGGUCUUUGGACAGUGAGAAAACCACCUAUCAAUCCGUCCUGGAUGCCAUGAAAGUGAUCGGUUUUAUUUCUGAAGAGAUCGAUUCCGUGCAGAAGAUCCUGGCAGCCAUUUUACACUUGGGCAACGUGAAUUUCACCUGCUCCGGCGACGAGGUGGCCGUCGAGGACCCACAAAUGGUCUCUUACCUUGCGGAGUUGACUUCCACCAAGAGGGAGAGUCUCCUCAACACGCUCCUAUACCGGAUGGUGGCUACGGGCAGUGGCGAGGUGAUCCAAAAAGGCCACAGUCAUGAUGAGGCCAACUACGUACGGGAUGCCUGCGCCAAGGCUAUUUACGAGCGGCUGUUUUGUUGGAUUGUGAACCGCAUCAACGCCACCAUCGAGGUCAAGAACUACGACCCGCGAAUCCAUGGCAAAAAUACGGUCAUCGGGGUCUUGGACAUAUACGGCUUUGAGAUUUUCGGCAGCAACAGCUUCGAGCAGUUCUGCAUCAACUACUGCAACGAGAAGCUGCAGCAGCUGUUCAUCGAGCUGAUCCUCCAACAGGAACAGCAGGAAUACCAGCGCGAGGGGAUUGAAUGGCAGCACAUUGAAUAUUUCGACAAUCAAAUCAUCGUCGAUCUGGUAGAAGAGUCGCACAAGGGUAUUAUUGCGAUAUUGGAAGAAGCUUGCUUGACCGUGGGGAAAGUCACCGAUGCCCUUUUCUUGGAGAGCAUGGAUGCCAGGCUUGGCAAACACCCCCAUUAUACCAGCAGGAAGCUCAAUUCCGCCGACAAAUCCAUGGAGUACGGACGGGAUUUCCGGAUCAAGCAUUACGCAGGAGACGUUACGUAUUCCGUGGAGGGAUUCCUAGACAAGAACAAGGAUUUUUUGUUCCAGGAUUUCAAGCGACUGCUGUUCAACAGCGCGGACCCCAUCCUUCAGGAGAUGUGGCCGGAGGGCAAGCAGAGCAUCACGGAAGUCACCAAACGCCCCCUGACGGCGGCCACCCUGUUCAAGAACUCCAUCGUGGCCUUGGUGGAGAACCUAGCUUCCAAGGAGCCCUACUACGUCCGUUGCAUCAAGCCCAACGAUCACAAGUCCCCGUUGCUGUUUGACGAGGAGCGUUGCCGUCACCAAGUGUCGUAUCUGGGCUUGCUGGAGAACGUGCGGGUCCGAAGGGCCGGCUUUGCCUACCGGCAACCGUACCACCGUUUCUUGCUCCGGUACAAAAUGACGUGCGAAUACACCUGGCCCAACCACCUGAUGGCCUCGGACGGCGCGGCCACCCAAGCCCUGAUAGAGCAACACGGCUUCCAAGACGACGUGGCGUACGGGCAAACCAAGAUCUUCAUACGGACGCCGCGCACCUUGUUCGCCCUGGAGCAGGAGCGGGCCAACCUGAUCCCCAUCAUUGUGUUGUUGUUGCAGAAGGUCUGGAGAGGAGCCCUCGCCCGCAAACGGUGCCGGUACCUGCGGGCCAUCUACACCGUCAUGGCCUACUACAAGCGUCACAAAGUGAGGUCGCACCUGCUGGAGCUGGUAGAACGCUUCCAAGGGGUGCGCAACAUGGCCGACUACGGCAAAGCUGUGGUGUGGCCCGAGCCUCCCGCUGUGCUGGCCCAGUUCCAGGAGACCAGCAAAGUCAUCUUUUGCAGGUGGCGAGCGAGGCAGCUGGUCACCAACAUCCCUCCGUCGGAGAUGGGCCAAAUCAAGGCCAAAGUGGCCGCCUACGACGUCCUGAAAGGCCGGCGGACAAACUGGGGAUGUUGUCGCAACUGGAGACAAAACUAUUUGGCCUUGGCAGAGGAGAACGCGGCUUUGGCCCCCCAGUUCGUCAAGCAGGUGUCAGCCCUGAAAGACAAGAUGCACUUCAGCGCGGUGUUGUUCUCAGGCCACGUGCGUAAGGUCAACCGUUGCAACAAACGGACGGAUCGAGCCCUCCUGAUCACUGACCAGCACCUCUGCAAGCUGGACCCCCGGAAGCAAUACCGGGUCAAGAAAGCCAUUGCACUGAGCAAGGUGUCCGGGCUGAGUGUCACCAGUGGAGAGGACCAGCUGGUGGUCUUCCACCUGGAGAAGCAGAAGGCCCUCGUGGUCUGUCUCCAUCGCAUGCAGCCGGCCAACGAGAACCGGGCCGGGGAGCUGGUGGGGGUGCUGGUGGACCACUUCCGAAGGCUCAAGCAAGACCUCCACGUCACGGUGGCCGACCGCAUCCCGCUUAGCCAAAACAGCCGGAAGCGCUUAGUGACGGUGGAGACCCGCGCCGACGUGACCCUGCCGGAUUUCGGCAAAACCCGGGAUGGCUUCGUUCUGUACUGGCCACGGAGCUGAUGACCCGGGGACCAUGAUGAUUCUCUAAGAGCCUUCCGCUUGAGCAGGGGGUUGGACUAGAUGACCUCCAGGGUCCCUUCCAACUUUGUUAUUCUAGGAUUCUGGGAGAGUCUCCCGCUUGAACAGGGGGUUGGACUAGAUGACCUCCGGGAUCCCUUCCAACGCUGUUAUUAAGGAUCUCCCGCUUGAGCAGGGGGCUGGACUGGAUGACCUCCAGGGUCUCUUCAAACUUUGUUAUUCUACGAUUCUGUAAGAGUCUCCUGCUUGAGCAGGGGGUUGGACUAGAUGACCUUCUGGGCCCCUGCCAACUCUGUUAUUAAAUAUAUCCUACUUGAGCAGGGGGUUGGACUAGAUGACCUCCAAGGUCCCUUCCUAAUUUGUUAGUUCAUAAGGAUCUCCCACUUGAGCAGCGGGUUGGACUAGAUGACCUCCUGGAUCCCUUCCAACUUUGUUAUUCUAGGAUUCUGUAAGAGUCUCCCAUUUGAGCAGGGGGUUGGACUAGAUGACCUUCUGGGUCCCUGCCAACUCUGUUAUUAAAUAUAUCCUGCCUGAGCAGGGGGUUGGACUAGAUGACCUCCAGGGUCCCUUCCAACUGUGUUAUUCUAUGAUUCUGUAAGGGCCUUCUGCUUGAGCAGGGGGUUGGACUAGAUGACCUCCAGGGUCCCUUUCAACUUUGUUAUUCUAGGAUUCGGGGAGAGUCCCCCCCUUUGAGCAGGGGGUUGGACUAGAUGACCUUCUGGGUCCCUGCCAACUCUGUUAUUAAAUAUAUCCUGCUUGAGCAGGGGGUUGGAUUAGAUGACCUCCAGGGUCCCUUCCACCUCUGUUAUUCCAUAAGGAUCUCCCGCUUGAGCAGGGGAGUAGACUAGAUGACCUCCAAGGUCCACAGAGACGUAGAGAUCUGGGUCUUCAACCCACCCAUCCCUGAAUCUCUGAAAGGGCUGGAUGAAUGAAUGAAUUCAAUUAAUUCAACCUUGAUUUUAUUCUGCACUGAAUUCGACUCUCAGCACCCCCCCAUCACUUCCCUUCCUGGAACCUCCCCUAUUUUUCCGGCCUCUUUUUUUUUUUUUCCCGACCCAAACCCCGAAAAAAGAAUCCAACAAUUUUGUCGUGUUUCAAAUUGUCAAUCUUAAAGAAACGAGAUUGCUGGUCUCCAGAACGAGAGAGAAAGAGAAAAAAAUGCGACUUUUUUAAAAACAUCAAGUCUCGGUGAGUUCCACCUUCCACAAUGGGAAGAACUUUUUUUUUUUUUUUUUGUAAAAAAACCCCAUAGUCUUUUGGGGUGUCAUUGCAGUCGUCGCAGUUGUGAGUCUCGUUGUGUGUCCGGAUUUAUUGUCCCCAACGAGGAUAAUAAAGAGUUGCUUCUACGAUUCGAAUUUUACACAGGAUUCCGAACAAAUCGAGGGAUUUUUUUUUUUUUCUGGGGGG